AUGGACCGAAUCGGCGACAUUUUCGACGAAAUGUCGGUCGCGGAGACGCAAACGGGCGUGACCGGCCAGACGACGGAAGAAGUGAUUCCCAACUCGAUGGAUCCGACGGAACACCAAGUCGUCACGGCAGAAACGACGCCGCGAGAAAGUGUCAUUUCCAUGGCGCUGCGCAUUUCGCCCGACGCGAUGGUGCUCAUGAACUAUCCAAGAAGGGACGAGAAGUUUUACGAAAGACUCAAUUCCUUCAGCAACGGCUUUCCUCAAUCUUGUCCCAUUUCACCCGAUCAGCUCGCCCUGGCUGGUUUCCGCUUCUACUCGCCCGAAAUCGCCAGCAACGACGAAGAAGUCUCCGACACAGUCCGCUGCGACUACUGCAAAGGCAGAUUGCAGCGCUGGGAAGCGUCCGACAUUCCCCUCGACGAGCAUCACCGACACUACCCGCGCUGCCCCUUUCUCAUUCCCUUGCUGCAGGAGUCGCAUAAUCCAGAUUGGCACGCGUACGAAACCAGACUCGCAAGUUUUGAAGAAGCGAAUUGGAAUGAAACGCAUUCGACGCCCACUGCCGAAGAGCUUGCGAGCGCGGGGUUCCACUUUGUCGGCGGGCGAGAAAUGCGAACCCAUCAACUGCCAGGAGCGAAUCAAGAAAAUCCAGUUUACAGAAACGACGCGACAAAGUGUUUUCACUGCAGCACGACGCUACAUUCCUGGGAAGCCGACGACGACGUCUGGAUUGAACAUGCCAAGUGGUCUAAUAAUUGCGGCUUCCUGAUCGCCUCAAAAGGCCUGGAAUUCGUGCACUUGCACAACCCACCAGUCACGCGCCCAGCAACGGCUGACAUCUGGCGCGAAGAGCAGUUCAGAACCGGGCGAGAAAUGCGAAUAAGUGAUCAGUUUUUGCCCGUUCGAUUCCACCAAAUGGUGCCGUCUCCGCGCCAGUUUCGCCAGAGCGAAGAAACUAUUCAAGCAGAAAUCAUCACCGCAAAUUUGGAGCGGCCUUCGGAUCCUCUUCCGCCCGCGACUCCGGCAAACUACACGACUGGAUAUCAACAGCUCCUGCAGAUUCUCGAGUGCAAAGUUUGCAUGAACGCCCGUUCCUCCGUGAUGUUCCUGCCUUGCCACCACAUAUCGUGCUGUCCGGAGUGUGCUAAGAAGCUGCCCGAAGAUAGAUGCCCCGUUUGUCGAGCAGAAGUCAAGUAUCGUCUCGACGCGUUCAUCUCCUAA